CAAAGCACACAAAUUCAUCAUCCCCAAACCAAACCCACACUCUUCUAAAACCCUAACAAGUUCCUCUUUUACCUCUCUCACUGAGGACCCAUCAUUUUGAACCAUGUCGAUCGCUAAAGCCGCCUUCUUCAACCACCUGCAAACGCUCGCGAGAGCCUACCGCCCUCGCCUACCGCCGCCGUUUUCCGCCGUCCGUUACAUGUCUUUCGCGACGCAAGAAGAAGCCGCCGCGGAACGUCGCAAGCGCAAGCGCCGUCUUCGCAUGGAGCCGCCUCUCAACUCCUUCAACAGAUCUCAUCAACAGCAGCAGCAACCUCAGAUCUCUAGGCCUAUCCAGAACCCAAACAUCCCCAAGUUGCCGGAAUCUGUAUCUUCCCUCACUGGGAAACGCCUCGAUCUCCACAAUCACAUCCUCAAACUGAUCCGAGAGAACGAUCUGGAGGAAGCCGCUCUCUACACUCGCCACUCCGUCUACUCCAAUUGCCGCCCGACGAUCUUCACCGUGAACGCCGUCUUGGCCGCGCAGCUCCGGCAAGGGAAGUACGCGGCGCUUCUGCAACUCCACCGUUUCAUCAAUCAAGCUGGUAUCGCGGCUAAUAUCAUCACCUACAACUUGAUCUUCCAAGCUUAUCUUGAUGUUAGGAAGCCUGAGAUUGCUUUGGAGCAUUACAAGCUGUUUAUAGAUAAUGCGCCGCUGAAUCCUUCCAUUGCUACGUUUAGGAUUCUCGUUAAGGGUUUAGUUGAUAAUGAUAGCCUUGAGAAGGCUAUGGAGGUUAAGGAGGAUAUGUGUGUUAGAGGUUUUGUUCCUGACCCUGUUGUUUACAGCUGUCUGAUGAUUGGGUGUGUGAAGAGUUCUGACGCUCAUGGUGUUUUACAGCUUUUUGAUGAGUUGAAGGAGAAGCUUGGUGGGUUUGUUGAGGAUGGUGUGGUUUAUGGGCAGUUGAUGAAAGGGUAUUUGAUGAAGGAGAUGGAGAAAGAAGCUAUGGAGUGUUAUGAGGAAGCUGUUGGAGAGAACUCUAAGGUGCGGAUGAGUGCUAUGGCUUAUAAUUAUGUUUUGGAGGCUUUGAGUGAGAAUGGGAAGUUUGAUGAGGCUUUGAAGUUGUUUGAUGCGAUGAAGAAGGAGCAUAGUCCACCGAAGCGUUUGGCUUUGAAUUUAGGGAGUUUUAAUGUCAUGGUUAAUGGGUAUUGUGCAGAAGGAAAGUUUGGGGAAGCUGUGGAGGUUUUUAGGCAAAUGGGUGAGUUUAGGUGUAGUCCUGACACGUUAUCAUUCAACAAUCUGAUGAAUCAGUUGUGCGAGAAUGGUUUAUUGGCUGAGGCUGAGAAUCUUUACGGUGAGAUGGAUGAGAAAAAGGUGAAGCCUGAUGAGUACACUUAUGGUUUGUUGAUGGAUACUUGUUUCAAGGAAGGUAAGAUAGACGAAGGAGCUGCGUAUUACAAAACGAUGGUUGAGUCGAGUCUUAGACCAAACUUGGCGGUGUAUAACCGGCUGCAAGAUCAGUUAGUUAAAGCCGGGAAACUGGACGAUGCCAAAUCCUUCUUUGAUAUGAUGGUGAGCAAGCUCAGUAUGGACGACGAGGCUUACAAAUUCAUCAUGAGGGCAUUAAGUGAAGCUGGGAGACUCGACGACGUGCUUAAGAUUGUGGAUGGGAUGCUGGACGACGAAACGGUUAGAGUGAGUGAAGAAAUAAAAGAGUUUGUGAAAGAAGAGCUGAGGAAAGAAGGAAGAGAGGAUGAUCUGCAGAAACUUAUGGAUGAGAAAGAGAGAUUGAAGGCUGAGGCGGAGGCGAAAGAGUUGGAAGCAGCAGAAGCGAAGAAUAGGAGUACGAAUAUUAGGAUAGCUUCUUUAAUUCCAAAACAAGAGCAAGAGAAGAGUGAUAACGUUAAGAUGCUCUGGGAUAAUAACGGUGUCGCUGAAGAAAUCGAUGUGGCGGAUGUGGUGGCUCAAGGAAAAGAAGCCGGUGAGGUGUCUCAAGGAGAAGAAGCCGGUGUGGUGGCCCAAGGAGAAGAAUCAGGUGGAUCUAACGGCCAGGCUCCACCGUGCUGAUUUUCGUUUGCUUGAAUUAAUUAGUCUCUAUUUAAGCGUAAUUAAGGAUUUAGUUGGGACAAUAAGCUAUGAUCCACCUUUUGGUAUUAUGUCAGGUUUUGGCAAAAUCAUAUUUUAAGCUUGCUUCUGCUUUCAAUGUUAUUACCAUGGUAUACACUUGAUUGUUUGUCCACUACUGUUAACUCA